UGAUUUAAAACGGUCGGAAUCCACAGCCAACUAAAACCCUAACAACAAAGUUAAACCCUGCUAGAGCAGAGGAAUUGAAUUUCGCCCAUCAUGGCUGAAGCAGCACCACUUGAAGCCCUCCGUGAGUUUGAACUUCGUCUCCUUUUAUGCUCUCUAUCGUCGGCAUCCACCGAAACCCAAGAAGCUCCUCGCCCUCUGCCCUCCCCAGAGUUGAUUGGACGCGAAGGAGAUUCUGUCGUUGUCUUGCUCGAGAAUGUCGUUAAUUGCAUAGAAAAAGGGGAUUAUGCUGAAGCUCUCUUCUCCGAUGCCGCUCGGCUCAUCUUUGAAUUUGCUGAAUCGUGGGAAUUUGAAGAUUCGAUUGAUUGUGCUGACAGGUUUUACUGCGAAGUGGAGAAGAGUGUGCAGUCCUUUUUGGAGCUCGAAAAUGAUUUUGAACGGUCAUGCAGGGAGUUACUUGUGAUGUGCAUUGGUGUAGCAGCUUUUCUGUCUUUUACUCAGUGCAAUGUGACCGGACCAUCUGAAGGUUUCCAUUCUUUUCCUCUGCCCUUUUGGCGGUACAAAGAUGAUAAAACUGUCAACUUUGGAGUGGAGUGGGACAUGUGGGCUCGUAAUCAGCUCAUGUCUACUGGUUCUGAAUUGCUUGGGAAAUUUUCAAUUAUACAGUAUAUGGUUUAUGCCAAAAUGUUACUGGUGAAGAUUAAGGACUUGUCUGUGGAAGUGGAAAAUUAUUGUUUGCAUGGAUGUAGAAGCAUUUCAUGGUGGUUGUCUAGGCUCUUUCUCCUUCAGCAGAGGAUUUUGGACGAUCGGUCUUCUUCUUUAUUCGAUCUGUUGCAAGUGUUGAUGCGUGAAACUUUACAGUAUUUUGGUGAUUUAGGAAGUGUUACAAAUUAUUGGGGUAACAGGUUGCUUAAGGGAGAUGCUUUAACCAUUGUUUCAGCUGCUCAUCUGGAAGCAGGGAUAAUAGAACAUGCAUAUGGCCGAGUUGAUUCUUCUAGGCAACACAUCAACACAGCAGAAGAAUCCUCUGGGCUGCAGCUGUCUGUCACUGGAGUUCUUGGUUUCAGGACUAUACAUCAGGUGGAAGCAAAGGCACAAAUGGUGCUUCUUGCAAACACAAGUAUGCCAAAAAGCACUGAUACCUAUCCUCAAAUAAGCCCUGAGUCACUGGGUGCUUCUGUUUCUGAUGAAACUAAGGCUAGCUCACAUUCUCAUGAUACCCAUGAGGCUUCUGAUAUAUUGAUGGUUCCAAAACUGCUAGAGAAUGAAGACUUGAAAGCUGAUGCAAAUGGCAGGGCUGCUGCCAUUCCUUUAGAGGCAAUACAACAGGCAGUGAUUCUUGCCCGGUGCCUUUUAAUUGAAAAGAGUGCCAGGCAUGAUGAAAUGCAAGCAUGGGAAAUGGCCCCAUUCAUAGAGGCUAUUGAUGCUCAGCAGUUCAAGUUCUUCAUCAUUCAAUGCUUCUGUGACAUUUUACGUAUUCGAUGGGAGUCUAGUCGUAGCCGCACAAAGCAACGUGCUUUGAUGAUGAUGGAUGAGUUGGUCCAGAGUGUCUUUAAUGCUUCUCCUGCAGCAGCUCAAAGGAUUUAUUUUUCUUAUGCCGUUUACAUCCCUACUAUUCCUGCAUUACGGAAAGAAUAUGGUGAGCUUUUGGUGAGCUGUGGUAUGAUAGGAGAGGCAAUUACGAUUUUUGAAGAUCUAGAGUUAUGGGAUAACCUAAUAUAUUGCUACUGCUUACUUAAGAAGAAGGCAGCAGCUGUUGAGCUCAUCAAGACACGAUUAACUGAAAUGCCCAAUGAUCCAAGAUUAUGGUGUUCACUGGGUGAUGUUACAAAUAAUGAUGACUGCUAUAGAAAAGCGCUUGAAGUGUCAAAUGAUAGGUCGGCUCGUGCUAAGCGAUCUCUUGCUCGUAGUGCAUACAAUAGGGGGGACUAUGAGGCAUCUAAAGUACUCUGGGAAUAUGCAAUGGCAUUAAAUUCUUUAUAUCCUGAUGGCUGGUUUGCACUUGGUGCUGCUGCACUAAAGGCUCGGGAUAUUGAGAAGGCAGUGAAGGGGUUUACUCAUGCUGUUCAACUUGACCCUGAAAAUGGAGAAGCUUGGAAUAAUAUUGCUUGUUUGCAUAUGAUGAAGAAGAAGAGCAAGGAGGCUUUUAUUGCAUUUAAGGAGGCAUUGAAAUUCAGACGCAACAGUUGGCAAUUGUGGGAGAAUUACAGUCAGGUUGCUGUAGACAUAGGCAAUUUUGGUCAGGCACUGGAAGCUACAAAGAUGGUACUGGAUAUGACUGGAAAUAAAAGGAUAGAUGCCAAAUUAUUGGAGAGGAUAAUAGUGGAGAUGGAAGAAAGAACUUCAGGGCAUUUUCUUUCUUCUGCUUCUACUACUGAUGAGUGUAAUUGUCAAGUUCAAGCUCUUCCCAACAACUCUAUUGGUCACUCUGUGCCUGAGUUAGAAUAUUCAGAAUCUGGAAUGGAAAGAUCACGUGAAACUGAGCAUUUGCUAGGGUUACUUGGAAAGGUUCUGCAGCAGGUUGUUCGUAGUGGUUCGGGAGAAGAUUUGUGGGGUUUAUAUGCAAGGUGGCACAAAAUUAAAGGGGACCUCACAAUGUGUGCUGAAGCCCUAUUAAAACAAGUUAGAGCAUACCAGGGAGCUGAUUUAUGGAGUAACAGAGAACGGUUUAAGAAAUUUGCUCAUGCCUCUUGGCAACUUUGUAAGGUCUACAUUGAAAUUUCAUCAUCUACGAAAAGUUGUCGAGAACUCAUUGCAGCUGAGAUGCACCUGAAAAACACGGUUAAGCUGGCCGUUAGCUUCUCAGAUACAGAGGAGUUCAGGGAUCUCCAGACUCUACUUGAGGAGGUAAAAGAGAAACUUGAAUCCACUUCAGUACCUUCUACCGGAAACUCUUAGUUUGAUCGUUAUGGGAUGUGUUGUAUUAAUGGCAAGUGAGUCACAGCCACAUGAUGACUACGUGACAAAGAGGGGCAUUUAUCAACUUGUUGAAGAUGUUUAUCAGAACGUAAUCAUCAGUCAUCUGUUCCUACAAUGCUGUAACUUGGUUGUAGUCUUCUCCAACUCACAUGACAAGGCGAAAGGAAAAGUUCAUAAAAGCUGUUUAAUUUUAUGACAGAUUAAGCCAGAGUUGGAGCAAAUAUCCAAAUUGAUCAUUCCAAAGUGAAUAUAAUUUUUUUUAAAUUAUAUGCCAUUAGAUUAUUUUGAUAGUAUAUUCCAUUCACUUUUGAACA